AAAUUUGAUAAGACCAGCACUUUACUUCAUCCAAAAUAAUGAGGAAUAAAAAACUGCCAGGAAUUGUGUUGGUAGCUAUACUUCUGUUUAGCCACACGAGUUUUUCAAGGGGCGGGGAGCAGCUUCUACGAUAUUUACUCGAUGGGCACACAGAUCAUUGCCAUAACCACUGUGGUGAACAUGGGACGUGUGUCGAGAAACAAGGUUCACAUCAUCAUGAUAUGUCUUACAUCUGCCAGUGUGACCAUGGUUGGUAUGGCAUACACUGUACGGAACAAUACGCACCUAAAGGAUCCGGACACUAUGAUCACUGUUAUAACCACUGUGGUGCACACGGUACCUGUAUCGGGAGACAAGUUUCGCAUGAUUAUUACUACAGCUGUCAAUGUGACAACGGAUGGCAUGGUAUACACUGUACGGAACACCAUACACAGCCAUCAACAACAAAGCAGACGACACCCUUUUCAACCGCAACAUCUUCUGUAACGUCUACCACGACUUUAUCUACGACAGCUUCAACGGUGCCUAAGUCAACUUUAUCAAGUUGUGACCACAUUGACGCAACAAGCGCAAUCGCUUAUCAAAUCCCGGUUGCCAACCAGAAUGCGAUACAAUGUUCUGCCGGAAGUCAUGCUUCCCACGAAGCGUUAGUACUCACAGAAUGUGCAGUACCACAAAACUCGUCGUCAUGGCAACAGGGUACUAAUGUUAUGUCAAGUUGUGGUAGUUCUGGUGCCAUACCGGACCUGACACCAAUCGCAGCAUUUGACAAUGGGCUGUAUUCAUCCGAGAAAAGUUUGUCCGGAAUUUUUCUAGGAUGUACAGAAAGUGGUUUUAAGAUUUCUCUCCAGACAUGUGGUCACCCACCACAUAUCACUGAAUUACAGCUCGGUGGAAGCAACGCACAGAAUCCAACUGUGUAUUACACAAUUUUCUAGAAUGACUGAUAUAUGUGUCACGAAGUGAAUACAAUACACAAAACAUACUAAUA